AAAAUCGGUUUAUAGCUAAUAAAAUUUAACUAUAAAAUACAACGCCGUUCACUUAAACAAGCACAGUAUUUUACUCUCUACCAGUACUGCUAUGUAUGUUACGUCUCAAUUAAAUCUAACAAACAUGACAAAUUUAUUGGUUUUAUAUUUGAUAACAUUGGCAUUUUCGUCAGUAUGUUUGGCGUCAAAGGAUAUUGUUUUGUUCUUAGAUAAUAAGAGCAAAUUGCAAGUGGAACACGGAAAAAUAACCAAUGAAAAGAGCCUUAAGCUCAAUUUCUAUGAAGAUUGUAUUGAUAAAGAUCCAAGUGUUUGUACGCCAAAGACAAAAGGCAAUGAAAAUUAUUUGCGAUACUUUUCACAAUCAGAAAAACAAGAAUGUAAAAAUUACGAACAAGUAGCUCAAUCGAUGAACGAUAUCUUGCAAUUUUGCGUUAAUAUAGGGGACAGUUCUUGGUAUGGUGGCUCCCAAGUAACUUUUCAAUAUUGGCCGCUAAAUAAAUUUAAUUGGACGGAUAAUCCUUUUAUAACCACAUCAUCGGGUGAUCAAGCAGUUCUCGAGUCUUAUUUUUUUAACUCUAAUGGAUAUUAUAUCUAUAUUAACGAAUCAGUUCCUUUAUUUGUAGACAUUAAUGGCCCACGACCUGGUCAAAUGUGUUUUACAGCUAAAGUUGUUGCUCCAUAUAGAAAAGUUAGAAAUUUUUUGCAAUACCAAGUAUGCAAAUACAAAAACGCUCGAGUAGCACAUAAAAGAGCAAUAAAAGAUAUCUUGGGUAUGCCCUCAUCAAUACCGGAUCCUUACGUAAUUAAGUAUCCAAUUUGGUCGACAUGGGCAAGAUAUAAAGUGGACGUUAACACAUCCUCUGUCCGAAAGUUUGCUAAAGAAAUAAUCGAUCAUGGUUUUCCGAGAGGUACAUUUGAAAUCGAUGACAAAUGGGAGACUUGCUAUGGUAGUGCAGAAUUUAAUACAUCUAGAUUUGAGAAUAUAAAAGAGCUUGUUAAUGAAUUAAAAUCAAAUGGUUUCAAGACUUCUUUGUGGACACAUCCGUUUUUGAAUUUGGAUUGUCCUUGUCAUGAAGUUGCCAAGACCAAAGGAUAUCUUGCGAAAAGUACAUCAAACACAACAAAUGUUACAUGGUGGAAUGGAGAUGCAUCUUAUGUAGAUUUCACAAACCCCGAAGCAGCUGCAUGGUGGUCAAAUGCUCUUAGUAAUUUACUUGCAAAAUCUGGAAUUGAUACAUUGAAAUUUGACGCAGGAGAAAGCAGUUGGAGUCCACAGCUCCCAGUAUUUCAUGAUAACGAUCUGAUUUACUACCCUGACAACAUCGUGAACGCAUAUCUUAAAACUAUUUCAUCUUUUGGUAAUGGUAUUGAAUACAGAACAUCUAGAAGAAGUCAAGAAUUUGGUCGUCUUUUAAGAAUGAAUGAUCGUAGUUCUCGGUGGGAUUUUAAUCAAGGACUACCCACAUUAAUAACAGCUCUGUUACAAUUGAAUAUGAUCGGAUAUCCAUUUGUUUUACCUGAUAUGAUCGGUGGUAACGGUUACUUUAAUUCACCUCCGUCCAAAGAGAUGUAUAUUAGAUGGAUGCAAGCAAACGUGUUCAUGCCAGUUGUACAGUUUUCGUACACACCUUGGGAUUUCGAUCAACAGACCGUAGAUAUAUGCAGAAAUUUAAUGAAUUUGCGUGCUAAUUAUACUGAUACCAUUAUUGAAUUGAUGAGAGGUAGUGUAGCCAAGGGUACUCCGUUAAAUCCUCCAGUUUGGUGGAUCGACCCAACGGAUCUGGUUGCACAAGUAAUAGAUAACGAAUAUCUUUUGGGUGAAAACAUCCUUGUAGCUCCAAUUAUUGUAGAAGGUGCUACUUCCCGAGAUAUUUACUUACCUUUUGGAUUAUGGAGAGACGAGAAUCAUCCCAAUUCACAUUUAAUUACUGGUAGGAAGUGGUUGCGUAAUUAUCCUGCCAAACUUGAUAUUCUUCCGUGGUUUACUAGAGUCACUCUUAGUCACCAUUAAAUUGUUCAAUGAAUUUCCUCAAACUAUAGUUUUAGAUACAAUUUUAUAAGUUUUUUUUUAUUUUGAAUGUAAAAAUAAAAAUUAAAUCAAAUUUUUUUUUUGAAUAA